GCAUGCGGUAUCCUGUUAUUUGAACAAGAAUACAUGAGAAAGGAAAUAAUCCUAUCGAAUUGCCUCUUGGCGCAGACAAACAAUUGCUGAAUACACGGUUCAACUUGACCAAUUCAAAGCGUUGUCCUUUGGAUGUUCAUAAAGAGCCACGAUGGGAAGCGGGAAGGGCCGGAGCCGUCGUGAAAAUGACGGGAAGAUACAAGUGAUUUGCUUGGGAAGCGGUGGAGGUCCUGUCGAAGAUAACGUCACGGGAUUUUUGGUUCGUUCGACAACGACCAACUGGUCAAGAGGAUCUGUCCUUGCCGUCGAUGCGGGCGCGCAUUUAGCAUCAAUCAUCCGGAUCUUGGACAGCGACUUUCCGAAUGUCUCAGAAGCACCGCCCGCCCGUGAACCGCUGGAGAAUUCAGACACCAACGACGAUGGAGAUGACGCAACACGGACACUUCAAUCAGGCCCUUUUGCAGGCUUGCCAUUCCCGUUCAAGUCUUCCCGUGCGAACGGACUUCAUGUUGUCCGGGAGCAUGUGGCGACGUACCUUGUGACGCACCCCCACCUAGAUCAUGUUUCCGCAUUCGUCAUGAAUACUGCGGCUUUUCAUAACACGUCCCGCCCUAAGCGAGUUGCCGCGCUUCCGUUCACUGUUGCUGCCAUCAAGACCCACAUCUUCAACGACAUCAUCUGGCCGAACCUCACCGACGAAGAUGGAGGUGUUGGACUUGUUACUUUUCAACGCCUUGCUGAAGGUGGCAACAUUGCCCUCGGGGAAGGAGAAGGUCGUGGCUACAUUGAGGUCUGCGAUGGCCUUGCUGUUAAAGCCUUUCUCGUUUCCCACGGACACACUGCUAGCCCAUGCCGCUGGGGACACAGAGGCAGCACUCCGAAUAUCAACGCCCCCGAUCGCUCUGAAUCUUCGGCAGGGUUACACGGCGGUCAACGAGCCUCCUUCAACGCGGGACAUCAUUCCAUUACCCCUGUCAUUUCCCCCAAUCCCUUUGCGGCCGAUUCUCAAGGGCGGACUUCAUCUGGUUCCAACUUGACGCCGCUUGCUGUCGGUCCUACGACAACACCAAGAAGGCCUUCAAUUUUCAGCAUUCCAUCUCAACCUGGUACGCCUAGGGAUUCCAUCGUAUUCACCGACUUUGGCCAUCAGCCUCAAAGCGCAGCCGGUGGCGGCUGCGUGGUCGAUAGCACCGCGUUCUUCAUCCGGGGUGUUGCACCGGGUCAAGAAAUCCUGAUCUUUGGAGAUGUCGAACCAGAUUCAUUAUCGCACGUACCACGGAACCGGGAGGUCUGGGGAGAAGCGGCAUGGAAGAUCGUGUCCGGAUGCCUCGGCGCUGUUUUUAUCGAAUGUUCUUUCACCGAUGAUCAGGCGGAUGAGGGCCUAUUCGGACAUUUUGCACCCAGGCACCUCGUCACCGAACUACAGACGCUCGCAGAAUUUGUCCGUGAAUAUCGCAAGGAGAAAACAGAAGACAGGGAACGGGAGAAAUCCAAGCGGAAAAGACGAUCGAGUUCCGGUUUCGUGGCGGAUAUUGAUACCCUGGCAGAGGAAAGCGAAAGCCUCGGAGAGAGACCAGAGAGUUCCCGACGCGGAAAAGGCCGGAAGAAAGUGAUGAUCGAUGGCAAGGAGCCCAUCAGCUACAUGGACGUAAACUCGGGGCCGACAGCAGAGGUAGUUCCCCCUCCAUCUGGGGAACGGGGGCCAAGCGCCAUCGCAUCGGAACUCGCAGCAGGAGUCAGCGAACCUCCGCUAAAAGGACUCAAGGUCUUCAUCAUCCACGUGAAAGACACCUUGCAAGACGGCCCUCUAGUCGGGGAACGGAUCCUAGCGGAACUAAUCGAGCAUGAGCGGCACCUUGUCAGGGUCGGGAAGGCGAUGGGUUGCGAGUUCAUCCUUAGCAAGGCGGGGGAAAGCUAUCUGAUUUGAUGGCGUGGCGCUGCGCGUCGGAACGGGUCUCGGAGCGGAAUUGUUUUUGCUAGGAACACCCACGGGCGAUGGCGCUGGUGGACUACAGUGCGAUGUUUUUGAGCGGUUUGUUCUGAUUAGCACGAUACUUGUAGCGUUG